AGAGAGGGCUACGCUGUUAUGGAGGACUAGGCGAUCGAAAAACACAACAGAGAAGCCCUUUGCUUCGUUUUGGUGUGCAGAGGGGGCCGUGUAUCGGUCGCCCACCCCCCUCCCCACUCCCUUCUUUUGCCUAAUUUUGAUUUUGAAUCCGAGCAUUCUUCUUGUGUCCAUGGGCUCGGGUGGGCGCAUCUCUGGCUUACCGACAGGACGCAGGCUGCCUCUUAAUAAUCAUUUAUUUCGCCCUUUUUGCGCCGCAACGUCGGGAGAAACGAGAUCAAGAGGCAGCAAUAACAACGUGCUCAUCAUGGAUUAAUGCCCGAGCGAAUUUUCAUCUGAAAGGUUCCCAAUGUUGAACAUGUCCACCCCCAGUGAGCUGAAGUCUCCCUGUGUGACCCGUAAUGGUAUGGUGAAACUACCCCCAAGCCAACCGAAUGGUCUGGGCAGUGCGAGCAUCACCAAGGGGACCCCUGCUGCCAAGAACCGUCUGUGUCAGUCCUCCUCUGUACCAUCCAUUCUGCCUCCUCCAUCGUCCUCCCUUUCAUACCACCACCACCACCACUUGGACGUCUCUGGCAUGCCUCAUGCUGCAGCCCCUCUUUUGGCCUCUGACCUGGAGCCUGGAAAGCCUCUGGUGGGCUUGAAGCCAUCUCUUCGUCAGCCUCCCCCUCUCACCCUACCUAAACCUAUGGUGCUGGAGCGUCAGCUUGUCCUAGAUGAGAAGCUGCUCAACCGAUUGCUCUGGUACUUCACCACAGCUGAAAAAUGUGUGCUGGCGCAGGUAUGCAAGACGUGGCGCAAGGUGCUGUACCAGCCCAAGUUCUGGGAGGGUGUGACGCCCAUCUUGCAUGCUAAGGAGCUAUAUACCCUGCUGCCCAAUGGAGAGAAGGAGUUUGUCAGCCUGCAGGCCUUCGCCCUGCGUGGCUUCCAGUCUUUUUGCUUAGUGGGUGUGUCAGACCUCGACAUUUGUGAAUUCAUCGACAACUACCCGCUGUCCAAGAAGAGUGUUCGCUCAGUCAGCCUCAAGAGGUCCACCAUCACAGAUGCUGGUUUAGAGGUCAUGUUGGAGCAAAUGCAAGGCCUGAUGCACCUUGAGCUGUCGGGCUGCAACGACUUCACAGAGGCUGGCCUAUGGUCCAGUCUCAAUGCCCGUCUAACUUCCCUCAGCGUCAGUGACUGCAUCAAUGUGGCAGAUGACGCCAUUGCUGCUAUCUCACAGCUCUUACCCAACCUAUCAGAAUUGAGCCUGCAGGCCUACCAUGUCACUGAUACGGCCAUGGCCUACUUUACAGCCAAACAGGGUUACACCACCCACACUCUGCGGCUUCACUCCUGCUGGGAGAUCACUAAUCAUGGUGUGGUAAACAUGGUUCACAGCCUUCCUAACCUGACUGCCCUCAGCCUCUCUGGCUGCUCCAAGAUCACUGAUGAUGGUGUGGAGCUGGUUGCUGAGAACCUGCGCAAGCUUCGCAGCCUGGACUUGUCCUGGUGCCCUCGGAUCACUGACAUGGCGCUGGAGUACAUUGCAUGUGAUCUGCAUAAACUGGAAGAACUGGUACUGGACAGGUGUGUGCGGAUCACAGACACUGGCUUGGGAUAUUUGUCCACCAUGUCAUCAUUAAGAAGCCUCUACCUGCGCUGGUGCUGUCAGGUGCAAGAUUUUGGACUGCAGCAUUUGUUUGGAAUGAGAAGUCUUCGUCUGUUGUCUCUUGCUGGAUGCCCCCUGCUGACCACCACCGGUUUAUCAGGCCUCAUCCAGCUGCAUGAACUGGAGGAGCUGGAGCUGACCAACUGCCCUGGCGCCACUGCUGAGCUCUUCAAAUACUACUCCCAGCACCUGCCGCACUGCAUGGUCAUUGAGUAAGACCACUGACUGAACCCACGACUGACAGACCACCAUACCUUCCUCUUUUUCCUUCCUCACUCUUUUCUUAAAUGCCUAAACCCAGGUUACUGGACUGCUCCUACUGUACCAUUUUGUUCCUGUUACCUGACCCCGUACCCCGCCUGUCUUCCUCUGCACCCCAUUAAGUAGACUGACCCACAGGUGGACAGAAAGGCAGGAAGGCAGAUAAUGGAACAUGCCAGACCCAGUGGAUAAUGGGAUGGCAUUUGAGCUUCAUUUAAGAAGAUGCUGGAGUGAAGAGCUUGGUGCGACAUCUUGUCUGACAGCAAGUUUCUUUUUCACAAUCAACAAAAGGUUUUUACUUACAGAGGAGAGCUUCUAUAGAGACUUCGACGAUUUUUUUUUUUAACUGAAUGGUUACUGAAGGGAGUGAAAUAUGCUGAUCCAGAUGCAGCAUAAAGGAAAUAUGAAAAUGGAAAUAAAUGAGACUUUUGUGUUUUAGCAGCUGGAACUCACACAUUCACACAUACACUGUAAACACACACAAACAUACUGUAUAUGGUAAGUGAAGCAAAUGUAAAUCCUCAAGAUCAUAAUUACGUAAUUUUAGAUUGACUUCCAUCACUCUAUGUAAUAUAGUCACUGUUUCAUUCUUUCUCUCAGAAGGCAUCAAAGGUUCAGUUUUGUCCUGUUUGGUGAAAUACACUAUAAUGCCAGCUGGAGAAACAGGAAUCAGACAGAACUAAAGAUGCAGUUCAAGAAGUGAAUUACAGAGAUGGGAAAGCUCUCUCUCUCUCUUGUUCUAUCUUCUUUAGUAUGUGAAGUGUGUUUCAUGGACUCAGAACUUUCCAUCUUUUUGGGGCACCGCCACCUUUUCUCAUUUCUGUGUCUUAUCAGAAAUUUAAAAAGAAGAAGAAGAAAAGGAAGAAAAAGAAAAUCUUAAUUUGAAAAAUAACUGCUCAAACAGGCUUUUUGGAGAAGUUGCACGCUUAAAUGACUGGAUUGAUUAUUGUUUUGUUUUUUUGUGGUCUCUUCUUCAGUUAUUGUACACAUAAUAUUUAAUUUACAGAUCUGGAGGAGAAACUUUUGUAAAUGGUGUGUUGUUGAGACAGUUCAAGGUGAUGAAGCAGGAAAUCAAAUGAAAAGUAGACUUUGCAGAAACCAUUUUACCUAAGUGCUAGAGAGUGUCUGGUAAGGAUAAAAUGUUUUUCUUUCAAAUGAUGAAUAGAAUAGAAUUAUGCAUAACAAACACAUUACCUGUGGGGCUUAAACUAACAGUAAUAUCUUGGCAUUUCUGGACUCUAACUGAUAAAUAAGUUGUUAGCCGAGGGACUUUGCAAGAGAUCUGUCUGUCCAAAUUGAAGCCACAUCUGCUUUUGGAACUCUAAAUUUCUUUUAUCUUUUUAAUGAUGAUAGAAACACACGACGUUUAGUAUAUGAAUUUGAACUUAGGCAGCUCUGACACUGCUAACGAAAUGUAUGAUGCAAUUCGCUACAGCCAAAGGUAAUGAAGCGGGUGAUUUCAGUAUUUAAUUUAAGAGUAACUCUUACAGUAUCCACUACAGGUUAGGGUCAGAACUAAGCAGGAGUUCAGGGCUCUUGUAAUAUGGCGAUUUUUAAAAGACAAUUAGUGUGUGGGAGUUUUAUAAUUUUUCCUACUAAUCCGCAGCCAGAGAAAUUCAUGAUAAGUCUGUUAUGUUUGAAAUCAUGUUGAAAAAGAUUGUCGUCCACUGUAAGUCAUUUAAUUAGAGUCAGCAGGAUUACACAGUAUAUUAUAUUUGCUGUAUGUUUCCUGUUUCACUGCAAACUAAGAAUUAGUAUGUCAUUUAAAACAACAAUUGCCUCCUUUAUUGCAAGUCUGACAAGUCACUCCUGUCAGUAACAACACUGUAAUCAUGAAAUCACUAGUUGAGAUCACUAGUUGGUCUGAGAAUGCAUCAAGAACCCUGCAAGAAAAUAUGACUAUGAGCAGAAAAAUAUCAGAAAAGUUGUGAACAAAUGACCACAUAUUUAGAAAAAAAGUUGAAUUUGGAUAUUAUGAUAAAAAACCAAACCAUAUGUAAUAAACCAUAUUUAGACCUGAGAUUAUUGUGCACAUCUGUAAACUUGAGUAAUCUAGGCAAAGCAAUACAUUCAACAUUCAUUUCUGUUGCUAAAUUUAUACAUGAUACAAAGCAUAUGAAAAUGUCUGACUGUAGGUCAGGUGGAAAAAUAGUAAAGUUUCCCAUAAACAAAAAAACCUUCAAGGCAGUAGUCAUGUCCCGCCCCCCUCCCCCCCAUUGUAAUAUUAAAAGAAAAUGGAUGCAGCUAACAGUGAACAACUGUCCUGCUUUUUGCCUUGUGUGUCCUCUAAUGCACUGACUGCCAACUGAAGGGAUUGGGUAAGUGUCAGCCAAUAUCAGCUGUGCCAAAUGCAUCCGGCAGCACAUAAAAUGUGACUGGUUGCCUCGAGCUGAUUGCUGAUUACAAAGAAACAGACUGAGUACUCUAUAGAAAAGGCAGACCAUGCAUGAUUUUAGUUGAUCUGCAUUUUUGUUUCAGAGUGUCUCAUUUCAGAUGUUGUUUAGCAUCUCUUAAGUGUACAUAAGUAUAUUUAUUUAUUCAUGUAUUUAUUUAUUUAAAUUAAUUUGUGUUUUAUUUACUUAUUCAUUUAUUUAUUGACAAGACAUUUUCCUAUCAUUUUGGUUUUUGUUUCAGACCUUGCUUCAGGUUUGGUUCUAAACAAGUGUAUUCAUUGACUGCUGUUUAUUAUUAUUAUUAUUAUUAUUAUUAUUAUUAUUAUUAUUAUUAUUAUUAUUAUGCUAUGACAUUUCAGGCCCCUAGGUAAAAUAAUUUAUUUAGUACACAUUGAACAUGCACUUGUAGACACCAGUAAAACUGUAACAUCAUUAACAAUGACUUAAAGUUUUCAAAUUUUCAUAAUACACAACAGUGCUUGUCUGUGUUAACUUUGUAUUGCUGUUUGAUCCCUUCUAUAAAAAUAAGGGUACAAACAGUGGUGACAUUUUAAUUAUUGUCAUUGUCCUGAAUGUGGCAGCAAAAUACAGAUUAUGAUAUACAUAAAAGCAUUUGAAGUCUGAGAUCAACCUCUGUCAUGGCUAAGCAAUGUUUACACUGUCUAAUAGUAUGAACAAGGAUUUCUGAAGUUUAAAGAUUCUAUGGAAGCUUAUUACUAACAAAACUAUUGAACCUAAAACAAUUGUCAGUAAGUUUUGAACACGGUCUACCAAGCUAGCUCUGCGGUCACUAUCAUUGUUUGUGGUAAGAUCAAGACUGGUUUCACUGAUUUUCUUUUUAGUACAGCUGUCUACUUAAGUGGAUUUUUUUUUUCUUAUGCCACACCUUACUCAUUAGUGGUGGCCAAAACAUGUAAGCAACACAUGUACUUGCAGAUCAUUUGUGCCACACCUGUUGACGAGAGUUUUUUUGCUUUUAGUUUGUGUCCAUUUUAUGAAAAUUAACAUUAAUUGGUUGUGGCUUAUAAAAUUCUAUUUGAGUUCGGUCUAUGUGAACAAAAGACAAAAAUAAGACAAAAUUUAAAAACAAACAACAACAAAACAGUUAUCUACUGUAUUUAUAAUUAAUUAUGUUGUUUUUGAUAUCUGAAUAAACUUUGUGUGCAAAAAUCAAGUGAUUAUAAUUGGAUUGUAGAGAUGUCUGUAAUGAAUUGAUAAGUUGACUGAUCCCAGCCCUACUUAAUUGUCAUAAAAACAUACAUUUCAAAUAUGUGUUGCACUAACGGCUAUCUUCAUGUACUCUCCUAACCUGGCUCUAAAUUUGAUUACUAAUAAACACAAAUGUGUUUUGUGGUUUCUCAGUA